CGUAUUGACAGUUCAAAGUAUUUAUGUUAUGUACUUUUGUCGCGAAGUUCUACAGUUCAUUCAGAAAGUCGAGGCAGUAAACACUUCAUUUCAUCAGAAGGCUUUAAGAAACCUUGGAUAAACGUCUAAAAAUAUCUUAAAUAACGUACAGAAUGACUUUUGUUGCCUUGGUGGUUCAAUUUGUGUCAAUUUCAGUGCUCUAUCAAUACGCAAGUACUACUGGGCUAGCGUUCACUUUCAGUCGAGGAUUUUUUGAAAAAUACUUGCUUCUUAAGAGAGAUUUUUCAUCCAAUAAUGUAUCAUUUGAUUUUUCAUCUGAGUUGAAUCGACCUGAAUUGCCACAUUGGUUACACCUGGAGCAGAGGCGAUCAAGUGACCCUGCAUUCCUCUAUGGUGCCCCAGGGGAACAUGAUAAGAGUACCAAGUUGGAGAUCAUUGGUUGGAAUAAGGAAAAGUAUUCCACAAGGAGGAUUGUGAAAGACCUUGACGUAUCUGGAUCAGCUGUGCAAUUUCCAUAUUAUCAAGCUGAAUUUUUCAUCAAAAACAAAAGGCUAGACUUGUUUCUUGAUUCUGGCGGCUACAAUGCCAUACCUUCAAUUGUUAAAAAUUACUGGCCAGAAGGUGACUUAAAGUUGACUAAAGUUAUCUCUGCUAUUGGUCAUGGAGGACGUGUGCCUUUGCCUGGAUCAAAUACUCAUGAAGGAGUGAUUGUUCGUGUUGGUAGCUCUCGACCUUGGCCUAAUCCUGAUGGUAGCAAUAGUACAUUACGUCCUGGCAGCAAACCUGAACCUGACUAUUUCCAACGAAAUGGUGGAUUUGAAGUAGACUGGUCAAGGUUCAAAUUGUUUGACUUGCGUAAUAUGCCAUCACAUGAAAGUGAACUUGAGCAGCUACUACUGCCUGAUCAAUUGGGACCUAUUUCUAGUUACAAUCCCCCGGAACUGGACGAGAGGGAACGUGAUUUUGGCAAUGAUUUCAUACUCAUUGUGAUCUUACCGCUCUUGAUUAUUUUGCUUGUUGUGUUUAUUCUUGGUAUUAUCAUGUGCUGCGGUAGAGAGGGAAGGAGAAAACGUGAUCAGGAAACUCCACAGCUGAACCUAAUUCAUCAUCAUAAUAUCCGAAGAUCUACAUUACGUAUGCGUGAACUGUCCAAACCAAGAGACCCUGACAGCUCGCAUAACCAAUCACGACCAACACAUGCACAUGGUCAUUAUGCAAAGAUUGAAAAUGAGGAAGAUGAAAAACAUGGCAAACAUGCUCCACCGCCAUAUCGUGUUCCUCCAGGAACUGCAGGCAAAGGCGAAGCUCAAGCUGUCUGAGGAAGAUGUGGCUUUCAAUAAACAUAGUAAGAAUGUCUUAGGUAAUUUUGCUUCAUAAACGAUACUUUGUCUUACUUUAGUCUGUACAAAAUUGAUCUGUCCUUUUUUAUAAAGUGUUUGUUUCUUCUAUUAUUUAACAUAACAGAGUGGUUUUAAGCCAUUUUUAUAAAAGAAGAUUUCAGUAAUGUGUUCCUCUCAUCCAAAACCAUUUUUCAACAUUAGUGGAAGUAAGCCAUUUCUGUAAAACAAGAUUUCAUUAAUAUAUUCCUCUUAUCCAUAAA